UAAGAUGAAGCUCUUUUCAACAAGAACAAACCUAAUAAAAGACAAGUACCAAAAAUACUCCCUUUUUAUUUACAGUAGGCCUACAAGUAUCAAAUAUACAAAACAAAAUGAUCUGGGGACAUACAGAAAAUACAGUGCAAUAUAUUAAAUAAUAAAACAUGUCCAUAUAUCUCAACCAAAUACUUAUUUUUUUGAUAAUUUAUUUCUUAUGUAUUAUUAAAUGUAUUGUUGAAUAUAUUUAUUUAUAUUCAGUAUUAUUAUUAUAUGUUUUAUAUCGUUUUAGGUAAAUUAUUUAAUAUAUUGACAAAUAUAAACAAAAAUGUAUUUUUUGUCAAACUCUAUCUCUUCAUUGUGUUCAUGUUAAUGUGUUUACAGUCUCUCACUCUGUCUGAGGGGCGUUGAUUUUAUGUCGCGACGCGACGCUCGCCCGACACGAGCACGAGGGUUUGAUGAGCGUCAGAUGAGAUAUUAACAGAAGUUAACACACUUCACAUGUAAGUGAGGGACGGAUGACGGUCGAGCGCUCGAUAGAUUAUUCACAUUAUUAUCACUCACUCACGUGUUCAGGCAGCUUGUGUAACAGUUUGUUUAAUAAAUGGAGAAACUCCGGAUCGCCUUGGUGCUGGUGAGCGCGUGCCUGUGGCCGACCUUCGCGCGCAGCUCAGACUGUUGUGAGGGAGAUAUUCUGCUUCUGCUGGACUCAUCUGGUCACGUCAACUCAUCCCAGUUUACGAAACUGCUGCACUUCCUCUCUGAGCUUCUGAGGCCAUUCCUAUUGGGCCGUGGUCAGGUGAGGGUGGGGCUUGUGCAGGUGGGAACUCCUCCGAGCCUGGAAUUUGGCCUGGACACUUACAAUACCCAGAAUGCCCUACAGGAGGCACUGAGGAGGACGCAGCAACUCCGUGGAGUAGCGGACACAGCGGACGCGUUGCGAUUGGCUCAGAGAAUACUGCGUGUGGACGGUCAAGCCGAAGCCACACGUAGAAUAAUCCUCUGGCUCACAGACGGGGUGGGGCCGGGAGAAGUGGACGGACCAAUGGCAGUGAUGCGGCAACAGGGCGUGUCUGUAUUAGCUGUUUCGACGGGGGCAGGAAAUUAUCACGUGCUAUGCGACGCAGUGACUCCGCCCAUCGAAAAACACCUGUAUUUUGUAGAUGUUGAUGACAUCAUCAUCAUCACCGAAGACCUGAGGGAGGCCAUCAUACAGUUGAUCCGUGCCGAGCGUCUGCAGGUGAGUGAUGUUCGCUCUCGCAGCGCCGUUCUGCAGUGGAGGCCGGUGCUCAGUGGAGGUUUGGAGUCCUACGAGCUCCAUUACGGCCCUGACCCAUCCAGUGGCACGACGGGCUCCAUCAGCAAAGAGUCCAAAAGCAAACUCACCAUUCCUGGAGACUCCAGCUGGACCCAACUCAACAACCUGCAGCCCGACACAACCUACACUGGACGACUCAUUCCCCAAACCAACAUUCACCAGAUCAAAACACUCAACGUUAUCUUCAGAACCCUGCCUGAGCCCUUUGGUCCCGUCAAAGUCAUUGUGUCUGAUUUGGGUCCGGACCGCUUGCGUGUGAGCUGGUAUCCAGUUCAACCCGAGCAGGUCCAGCAAUAUCGUGUGGAAUAUGGAGCGAUUCCCAGCGGGCCGGUCCGAACGAUGACACUGCCCUCCAAUCAGAGCACCGCUCUCCUCAAACUCCUCCAGAAACACACUGAAUAUCUCAUCACUGUCACUGCGCUGCACUCCUCUGGCCAGCAGAGGGCCACGUCCAUUAAAGCCUGCACAUGGGAAGUUCCCCCUGCACUAGCUGACCUUUGGCUGACCCCAGCGGGGCGGGGCUCCGUGAACGUUGAUUGGCGGGGCGGAGGAGAGGGGCUGAUGGGAUAUUGGGUGAGUUGGAAGAAUGAAGACUGGCCGUCGUCUUCCUCACUGUUCCUGCCACCACGUUCACAGUCCACCCUGCUGUCAGAGCUGGGCCACACCAGUCGGGUGUGUGUGUCGCCCGUGUAUGAGACCGCCCGCGGCGAGGGCCUCUGCUGUACUGCACACACCUGAACAGAUUCAGCAUGAACCAGCGGCAGCGGACUGACUGGACGUUAAAAACAGCUCAUGUUGUUAUUUAUACAAUCAGAGAUUGUCUGGACGGCACUGACACUCCCUUCAUCUGAUCUGAACUGUCUGUUAUUUAAACUGUUAGACAAAUUGUAACAUAUAACCUAUAGACAACCCGAUGAUGUCACACAUCAUGUGUUCUGCAGCGCUAAUCUCUUGAUCGUGUUUUUGUCAACUUUUAUAUAUUUUGUACUUUAAUAAUUACAAAAUUGUGGCAAUUAUUUUAUCAAGUUUCCUCCUAUCAUGGAUUUUUUAAAAAGGUCACGGGAUAUGGAUUCACAGUAUCGCUCACUGUCAUGCGCAACUACAUGAAUGGGAGUCAAUGGGAUAGAAAGUAUAGUGUGCACACACACACACAUGUGAGGUUUACUUUGUGAGGACUUUCCAUAGGCGUAAUGUUUGUACACUAGACUAACUGUAGUAUAUGAAGAGUUGGUUCCACAAUGAGAUGACUCCAAUAUAAAAAGAAAUCUAAAUUAUGUUUUUUUAUCAUGUUUUCAUGUUUUUAUUGUGUUAGGUAGCUGAAUUUAUUUUAACUAGAACGGCCUAAAUCAAAACAAAACAACUGCAGUUUGAUUUAUAUUAAUUAAAAACGGGGUUAUCUCAUUGUGGAGUCGACGUCACGGUUACGUCACUGCCCGCUGCGCGCGCAUACUGGUGGCAGAAAAACUGUGGAAACAAAGCAGCAAUGAAUGAAACGUAGUAGACAAUUCCUUCAAAAACGUGUUUUUGUGUUAUUGUAUGUUAGAAUAGGAAUGGUAUAAAGUAUGAUGUUAUUUCCUAUGGAAUACCGUCGUUGAAUAUGACAUUUAAGCUAAUCACGCCAUUAAACGAACAGGAUGGACUAAAGAAAUCAU